AAUGACUAAAUUAUUAUUGUUUGUGGCAAUAAUUGCUACAAUAUUAACAUUUAAUGUAAUUCAAUGCGAAAGCGAUGCUAAAACAGUUGCCGAAGCUAUGGCCAUAUUGUUUUGCAGUAAGUGUCACGAUACUGAUGCUGCCAAACAUGUCGAUACAUUUAAGACAUGUAUGGGCAAAGUUAACACUAAAAUACAUAAAUUGAAUGAAGUAUCCGAUAAACAUAAAGACAAUGAACAAGAGUGUAGUAAACAAAUUAUGACAAUCGUUGCAAACCUACCGGAGCCGACCACCGAUGAGAAUAAACAAUUGGAGGCCUGUAUGGCUGAACUGAAAAAACAUAGAAAUGUGUUUGAAAAAUGCAAAUUUACAUAA